AUGACUUUGUAUCGUGAUCGGAAGGGACGCUUUCACUUUGGCACAGUUGAUUUCCCUUCCCAUCUCCUGAACCAGUUGGGAAACAAACUUCUGGAAAUGUUUCAGAUGCAAGACGGGUUACAGGAUGCAUUUUUUGUUCAUGAGCUACGAGGAACAAAAGGCGCAUCUCAUCACGAUCCAUGCGAUGCUGGGGCAAGACGCUCGGCUCUCAAUACUGUUUUCCAUUUUUUUGACCAGUCGCUUGUCAGGCCAGAGGACUGGGUGGUUGAUAUUGGACUGGAAAUCCAACACGAAGGUCACAUAUUGCAGUGGCUUACCAAAGGCCACCGUCGUUUACUGCAAUUCCUUUUGCCAUCCAGUGCGGAACACAAAAUCGAUUCCAUUCUUGCUUCUCAGACUCAAUAUCAUUGCGACCUCUCAGCACAAUUAGAAGAUCUCGGAGGAUUCCGGGCCCUUCCAGGCUCUCGUGGAAAGGAUGAUAAAGUUUACUAUAUAAACGCCUAUACAACGGAUAAAUGCGCAACCUAUCAGCUCCAUGACGGCAUUUUCAAGCGUCGCCAGGCCUGGCACUUAUUCCCAGCAAGCAUAGGGAAGCUCGUAAGGGAUCUCGAGCGCAUUGCAGAGAUAUUUCGUGUUUGUGGAAAUUCUCCCAAUGUAGGUGGACAUGAAGGCAACGCACGGCUGGAGAUUCGUGUACCAUUCAGUCUGGCAGACCAAGUGCUUUUGCAAAUUCCAGAUAGUGUAAUACAAGAUACGCUUGUUACCUUUGAUUGCAAAUUAUUUUGGUACUUCAAGUACUACCGUAUGGCUGCACUGUACCAUGUCGUCAAAAACCUACAGAAUGCAAACCGAGCUGCCCGUCUCCAGCAUGAGUCAUUGAAAUUGGGUGCUCUGGUUGCCUACCAAAUCAACGCUCUUAUUUACCGGCCGGCAGAGGGUCAAGCAGAGAAUAUCUUGCUAGAAGCCUCC